AUGGAGAAACUAAUGAGGCAAAUCAUGUUCUGUGGUUUAUUCAAUGCUCUUCUUUUGCUUUUAGCUGCAUGCCCAGCAACAUGUCAAGAAGUUGAGGAUGAGAGCGAGUUCAGUUAUGUACCAGGAAGCGAUAAUGGACCGGAGCGCUGGGGAGAGAUUCAUCCAGACUGGAGCAUGUGUAACAAUGGAACCAUGCAGUCUCCUAUUGAUCUGCUGCAUGAGAGAGUUGAGAUAGUUUCUCACUUGGGAAGACUUAAGCGGGAUUACAAACCCUCUAAUGCAAUUCUUAUAAAUAGAGGCCAUGAUAUGAUGGUAAGAGACAGAAGAAAAGCCUUUAUCUUAUGUUCUUGUCCAAUCUUCUAUAGUUCUAUGUACCAUCCAUUUUAG